AAACAAGAUAACUUUUAAACACUGCCCCGGGAUUAUCCCCACAGCAGGCACAAGGAUGGCCUUGAAAAUUUUCACUCAAGAAUUUGAAGGCGCGGUCACUGCCGGAUUGAAAUCUAUUUAUAGCUCACUAGUUGGAAGGAAAUAGCACAACAUGCCAUGAGGCAGAGCUUCCGCUUUCUAUCUCACGGGUCAAAGGGCACGUUUGAGGUUAAAGUGCACGUAAAGUGAAGUGGUUUUAAUGCAAUGUUUUUGGAUGCGCCUCGGCGCCUGAUGGCGGCACCUCAGGGGCGGCGACUCCACGUGCUAGCAGGAUUGUUUCUUCUCCUGCUCUUAGUCAGGAGAUCUGUGGAGCAGACUACUGAGACGCCCCUGUCCACGACCAAAGGUAAUUUAAGGACAGCUGUGAUUGUCUUAUAAUUCACGGGGUUAGGAAUCAGGAAUUAACGGUUAUUUGGGAGGGGGGGUUAAGGGGUUGAGAGGAAUUGGUUAGUUAGGGGCGGGCAAAGGAUAUGUGUUAUGUAUAUUUAGCCUCUGGUUCAUCCUGGUUCCGCCGCUCUCCCCUCUCCACAUGUUUUAUAUUAAUAAUGAUACUGAGUAAACAAAAGGCUGUCACGCAGUCAGCUUUUAUUAGUGACGUCUGAACUCCAGUAAAAAAAAAUAUUGAUUUUUUUUUUUAAAUUUAAAGGGAGGGGACUGUCAUAUUAAUCAAUAAAGAACAACGGGUAUGGCCGAGGACUGUCUUUAGGAAUAUCUGUGGGACUAUUGUUGAAAGGCCGGUAGGUGGGUUCUAGGACUGUCUGUAAGACUUUUGUUUUAAAGGGCGGCAUAUAUUAUAGAAAAUGAGAAGUUGAAAAAAUGAGAAGACCCUAAUUAUGGGAUGGGGUGUUUAGACCGUAAGAGACAUGACCAUAAUUAUAAGGUGGGGGUAUUUGGACUGAGAGAGACAAGGCCUUAAUUAUGGGGUGGGGGUGUUUAGAUUGCAAUUUAAGACACUAAUCAUCCUUUAUGUGUGUUUUCUCUGUCGAUUUAUUGUAAAGGUGUCAAACUUAAAUCAAUGUUUGAUGAUUUUAAUGACGUAGGAAUUGACUAUAUGGGGGGGGGGGGCUUCGGGGGAGGUCCGAUCCAGGCAACUUUUCUCUCUUUAUAUUGACGGUUUGCAUUUUUGGCAAUUUUGUUGGGAAAAAAAAAAGUGCGUGGGGUGGGAAUUGUUUGGUUCAUCCCGGGCGAAACUGAACCUAACAGUGUCACUGCACCCUUCUUUUUCCCCAGCCUUCCACCCCCCCCUCACGCACGACUCUUAUCUAACGUUAUCUCCACGUCUAGCUCACCCCCCCCCCUCUCAAUCCUGUUACUAACUCACAUAAGAACAACAAUGCAGCUUACUCAGUCAGUUAGAAAGUUUUCAUUUAUCAGCUAUUGGAGGGUGGGGUUCGGGUGAUGGCGCCCCCCCCCCCCUCUUCCACAAGGCCAACAAGGGCUGUACUGUUAGCUUGUCGGCACCAGGAGAUCAGGUUUACACGCAGAAAUUGUUAUGAAACUUCUGCCAGGGGAUAGGUUUUUGAUGUACACUUUGUAGCGUAUGGUGGAUUCUUGCACGCGCAACGCUCCCAGUCGUCCCUGGUCAUCACCACCACGCCACCAUAGGCAGCAGCACGGGAUUCUUUCGUAAUGGUGGACAAUGUUGUCUGUUCAAAACUCCCUGGAUGGUAUUUUGAAUGGGUUUUUUAAAAGAAAUUCUUAGUGAAGUUAAGAAAUUGGUGUGAAUUUACGUUAGCGGUUUAAACGCUUAAACCACAACGAGGAAUAAACGUAGACAAGAUAAGAUAAUGUGAUAUGUUUUGUUAUUGUGUUUCUACAGAUAUAACAAUGAUGAAAUAAUAACUAGAAUCUUAUGUGGCAUUGGGAAACAUGACUCCCGAAAUAAAUGAUAUGAUUAGAAAAUUAUGUUACUAUACUGUGUUUAGAAAAAGUGUAAUUUCAAUUUGUAUUAUCGAAAGCCCAACAAUUAAAUAGAAUAGUUCCAUAAUCCCCUUGUAAGAAAUUAGAGUACCAUCUCCAGUUUAUUAUUUUAAAAACAACAAAUGCAACUUUAAAUAUAUUUUGGUACCGUACAUUUAAAAGUAAAUACUUCAAUGGAUCAUUAGGCCUACAACUUAAUUCAUAAAUUAUUAUAUUUUUAACACUUUUCUGAUGAAAUGAGGGAUGGCGUCCCAAAACCUCCCGAAAGUAUAAUUUCACCAUUUCACCGUCUCACUUUUUGUAUUGUUUACUUUCAAUAAUACAUACUAUGAAUAAAUUAUCAUACACUUCAAGAUAUCUAAAAUGUAAUGUUUCGUCAUUAAUUGGUGUCAUUUACUUAUCGUAUUCCAUGGCUUCUCCGGCAAUAAUGUGAAAUCGUUAUUGUACGGUUGUUUAGCCGGAAGUACGAGGUACUACUUUGAUUUUAAUCUUCUGGUGGGGAAAAUUGAAAGUGCUGUGAUUAUUUUGCACUACAUCAAAUUACAAAGUUUAAAUGUCUCCUUCUAUUUCCAUCAGUAAUUAACCAAUUGAAGUAAAGGUACCAAAGUAAAUAUUAAGCCUGGUCUUGUCUCUAUCUUUGAAAUUAAACAAUGAUCGUAAUAUUUAUUAUUACGGUACUAAUUUUAUAAUAUUAAUUAGCAUGGGCAUGGGCGUAGCCAGUGGGCUUAGUGAAGUCUGUGACAGUGGACAGUGGUCUGCGUUUGGGUCGUUAGGUAAUUGUCCAGUUUAGAUGCCCAAAUCAAAUGUGUGAUAGUUAUGGAACAUUGUCCAACUUUAUGUUGUAUAAUUUGAAAACUGGUAAAAAACCGUCACCCAGAUGAUGUACUCUAAGACUCUAACUCAGAAACUUGAAAAUUUAAUUACUAAAGAUGUUAUCCUACACCCACUCAUACUUCAUACUAGUCAUACUCAUCUUACACUUUCACAUUUCCGCCUAGCCCAUCAUAGUAAGCUGCCCAUGUCAUAACUGUGUUAUAAGCACAGGUAGCGUUAAUACUAGAUUUUGUAAGGGCCUAGCCCUAAUAUUAAUUUUGUAAUAAUUAUUAAUUUAGUAAUAAUUAUUAAUAGACAUAGGCCAACACUUAGCCUAACUAACCACUGCACUAAAAGAAUAAAGAAGAAAGUUAUACGUCCAUGAGUUUAUCUUUUGGAGCAAAUUCAAGAAUGAUAACAUAUUCUGCCGUUUCUUAGCUACAUUUGCUGCCAAUUAUCUAUAUCAAAUUUCAUUCUGUUUUAUGCUUAAAUAAACGGCUUAAUUUUAAUUAAUUACUUUUUGUGAAUUCGGGCACCUAAACUGCACAAUUACCCUGCAUUGGGUAUGAACAUGUGCCAUUUGAUUCAAGCACUCACCACCCAUGCCAUAAUAUUCAAAUAUUAAGGAUCACCAAGCCUACAUCAAAUAAAAAGUCUAAUUCUAAAAAAAUGUAAUAUUCAAUUGAAUAUACUUAAAACUUAAUGACUCCAAUUGAGUUCAAUCCCCCAAUAAUAGCUGAAAACUUACCAUUAGCAUCAGUCUAAGAAAGUUUGCCACUCCCUCUCAAAUCUGACUAAUGGCAGGGCUAUCCUUUUAGAUUUUUCAGCUAAUGUGAAGAGAUAGCAUCCUGGUUCCAAUAGGGUCAAAACCCUGGUUCCGAAAGGGUCAAAACCAAGAUUAUUGAUAAAUUUAGGGUUCAGGUUAGGUUUAGGGAUAGAUUUAGGGUUCGAGUUAGGUUUAGCGAUAGAUUUAGGACAUAAGUUCGCGGGUCGCGGCAACAAAGGUAAAAAAACCGGUGCUAUCUCUUCACAGAUACCAAUAGCUUAAUAUGCCUACACUUGAAGUAAAGUGACUGUUGAACUUUAUUAAUUUUUAAAAAAAAUCGAAGAGCAAGUAAGCAUGGCAUUACAUUAAUUAUGAGUCAAAAUACUAAAAUAAUACUGAAAAGUUGCUUAAAUCAGUAAUUGAUUAAUUAUGUUAGUGCCCAUACUCAUACAAAUAUUGAAUCUAAAUUCUUGGACUUUGUCAAAAAGUCAAAACAUUGUAAGAUAGCAGUGUACUGUUAUGAAGGUUUGUGACUAGAUCUGAAACAUAAACUAUUGGUUGGGGAAGUAUGAAAAUGAAUACAGUAGGCCUACAGAUUUUUCAGGUAAAAUUUUAAGUAAUGGAAUGUUAAGAAUAAAGGUUCUUAACUUUUUGCAGCGUUACACCCCCCGAUUGAUUUUAAAAAUUUCCAUCACCCCCUCUCAUUUUAAAAACAUUUUAGUUUCUCUUUUCUAGGGGUGUGCCGGACCCCGGUCCGGAAUCCGGUUCCGCCGGAUUUUGCACUAUCCGGUGAAAUCCGGUUCCGCCGGAUUUACAUGUAUCCGGAACAACCGGAUUCCGGAAUCCGGAAUAUACCGGAUUUCGGAAUUUGCCAGAUUUUGUGACUCACCGGAUCAUAAUCUGAAAUAAAAGUAAUUCUCUUUCCCGAAUUCCACACGAUCACGAUACAUUAAUCGAUUGUUUCGAGCGUUGAGCUUGUUUAAUGUUUAAUAUUCCGUACAUACCAGAGGCUAGAGUCAGCACCGCUAAUAGUGGCCAAUAGUGUAGGGACUUUGAUAAGAAAAUUUAAACUUUUUGUAAAAAUAAACCAAUGGCAUAGUUGAAAAGAUGUAAUUUUUUAAAGAAUUAUAACACCAAAAUCAUAUUUUUAGCUGUUGUAGUUUUAAAGUUAUGAAUUUUUAAAGUACGACUUGGUUUGUCAUUUUUUAACAUGGACUGCAUCUCCACAUUCUGUGAUCUCAUUCCGCCAAUCCCGUCAUGCGCAAUGACUAUAUAGUUUAUAUAAGGCAACGCAUUCCCUGCCUUAUCACUAAAAUACUGUUUAGACUUAGUUUAAACUUUCAACUUUGGCACAUGAAUAAUUAAUUAAAGCUUUCCCUGACCAAUGGUUUAAUAGUUUUUGCACACGGCAAACUCUUAUGAAUGAAACUCUGAGGUAGUACUACGAUACAGUUAUGCAAGUGGCUGUGAAUGGUUGCCAAUGACAACGUGUUGCACACGGUAAAUUCUGAUCAUUUAUAAUAUGGAUUCUACCGGGUUGUUAAAGCUCAAAUUAAAACAUUCCAGUUUAAAUGUCUUUAAAUGCAUUCUGAAACACAAGUUAUCAAUUAUUUUGAUGUAAAUAGUGAUAAUAAAUUAAUAUUUCCUAAGUAUCGUCAACUUCCGCCAUUAAAAAGGGGGGCGUGGCCAACCCCAUGGCGAAAUUAGGUUGAGCGAGCUGCAUAACCUGCUGCGAACGCGUAGAAACAUGGCGUCUCUCGUAAGACACUUAUCCAAAUGGAACGGAACUCAAAUAUAUAUCGAAAGUACUAAUUUAAUAAUAAAUAGACACACACAUCGGAAAAUUAAAAACUCGGAUUUUUUGGCGCCGAUUGCGAAUUCCCAUACACAAAAAGUAGUAGUCCACCUUGACUUACCGAAGUAUCUACCAAUAGUACCAAAAUCCGGAAUCCGGGAGAAACCGGAAUCCGGAUCCGGCGGAUUUCGCAUAAGAAAAUCCGGAUCCGGAUCCGGUUGGAAAAAACGGAUCCGGCACACCCCUACUCUUUUCCCAACCCACCCAAUAAAAAGUGCAUACCAGGUCAGAUAUAUGCAUACAUUCAUACAUAUCCACCUGUUUCCGUACUUUUAGAAUCUAAAUUUCAAAACGCUCUACUCUGUUUUGGUGAUGGCUUACUUCCUGUAUAUUGGUAUUAAUUGGAAAUUCAAAACCAGCUGAUAUGCAAGCGUCAAUAUUACAGUAAUUAAAUUCUUUACGCUCGGCUUGAGUUGGAAUCUCAGAAAUAAUUAGUAAUGCAAAUUUUAUAUCUUUUCCUCACAAAAACAAAGCCUGGCGCUUUUUAAAACUUAUUAAAUUGCACUGCUUUUAAAUUUUUUUUAAAGGUUUCCAAAAUUUAAAUGAGUGAGGAGAGUUAUAAUAAGUCAAUACUGUCUACAUUUUCCUGUUAUUUUUAUAAAAUUUAUUCAAAAUUAAGCAGGUGUGACACUUAACUCAUAACCUUUUAGCUAAUUAAAAAUACAAUUAAUCAGCUCUAGUUUUACAUUUUAUUUGAUUAUUUUUCACUUUUUCAAAAAUUUACCUCCAGUUUUUGUUGUUUUUUGUGUGGUAUUUUCGCUUCAAAAUAUUUGCACCCCUGGUUAAGAACCCCUGAUUUAGAAUGUGCAGAACUUGUCACAUAUGCAAAACUCUUAGGGCAUAUUGUGCCAUACAGUUAACAAUUUACCAAUUUAUGUGUAUGUGUCUUGGCACUGAUAUAAAAAGCUCACAAAAUUAUCUUUGAUAUUUCCAGGUGGCCCAGUUAUAAUGCAAGUUCCAGGGAAUAUGACUGUUUUGGAAGGCCAGAGGGUUCUCCUUCCUUGUGCUACAGAGGGGUUUCCGAACCCAAUAUUCUACACAUGGUAUAAAGAUAACAUAGACAUAAGAACAACAGAAAGUUUUACAGCUCAACGUAUAGUGUAAGUGUAAUGAAACUAAUGUUCUAGCAUGGCAUAUAAAAUAAUAAAUACUUUAGAUGGUUAACAUUAUUAUUUUAACCACCAUGGCGUUUUAAAACUUGUUAAAAUACUUCUGAAAAUAUUUCACAGCAAUGAAUUUCAGCAUUUUAUAUAUAGGUAAUAUCUUUUUGAAAUUUUAUUAAUUUUAAGGAAAUUGAGUUUAAGUUAAAUAUUCAUUAUGAUCAAAAUUAUUUUUAAAAAAUUUCAGUAUUCAAGAUGAUGGUAGUCUGCUCAUCAAGCCUGCCGUCAAAGGGGACAGAGGGUGGUACACUUGUAAGCCAAGUAAUACUCUUGGUCAUGAUGAGGCCUCAGCUUACCUCAAUGUUGUCUGUGAGUACCAGUUAGCCAUUUACUGGCUCCUUUCAGGUUGAUUUAACAUGGAAUUAUAAGCGGGGCCAGCCGAAGGUUUUGAGACUGUGUUUGCUCCAGCUGUACCACCACUCAAACUAUUCAAUUCUGAAAUCCAGGAUGACUGUUACCAAGCCUCCCGGAAUAGUGUGCCGAGUUGCAUGGCUCUUUCUCCACAUGGUGUUAUCCAUGUUUUUGUGAAAUCCUCAUGAAAUUUUUCCUUAAACAUGUUGAAGCUGCAACCAAGACUCUAGAAAUGCACCAAUAGGGCUUUUCCAGAACAUUCAUUAGGUCAAACAUCAAUUUUUCUAAAUGGCAUGCACACUCCCAAGCCAGCUCAUAAUGGGUUGGAGAUGACAAAAAUUCUUAGUGAAAAAUAACCAGCAGUGCGCCAGAAAGGGUCGUGACAAGGACUGUUUUCAAAUCAUCCAGAAUCUCUGCCAUAUGAUUGGAAUCACUUAUGGAGUCUUCCAAAUGAUCCUUGUAGAAAACCUGAAGGCGGAUCAUGUUGCUGCAAAGUUUAAAAAAAUAAUUUUUUUUAUGCUCUCGCUAAGGGGAUGAGAAGCAGCAGUGGCUUUUUGUGUACAUUGAGUCUUGUAGGAGAACGAAUACUUGUUGCUUACCAUAAGGAUCAUAAGGGAUCUACAUCGAAGUAACUGGUGUGAUCUAGACACAAAACAGUAGUCCCAAACUGAAACAUGUAAUCACUGGGGGGGGGGGGGGGAUAUUUGAGGCAUGGAAGAGGUGAUGAGAUUGCUUUAUAUGUUUACAAAGGGGACCAUUUGCAAUGUCAUGGCAGUCGACUAGACUGAAGACAAGCCUUUUCAUUUUUUUUAGCCUUAAUAUUGAAACUUUCUGUUACCACCUUCCAUGUUUAAACCCCUCCCCCCACCCCCCUUUUUUUCCAGUAAGGCUAACAGUUUUGUGUGUGUUUUUAAAUAGGUUGGAUUAAACAUCAACAUCUGAUAAGAGGUUAUGUACCUAAAACCUACUUCGGUCAUAAAGCUUGACAUGCUCAAAUUUAAUGAUGAUUAACAAAAUAGAAUCAAAAUGAAUAACUCUACUAAAAUAUUGUACAAAUAUUUCCUUGGCACCACAACCAGUGAUAUUUAAGAUUUGUUUCCCUUACUUAUUAUUAGCCCUUUCAUUUUUAUGACAUUUAAAAAAAAAAGAUAACUGACACUGAUAGUUGAUAUAUCUCUUUAAUAUAUGAUUAAUUUUUUAGGUAAAUUCAAUUAUUUCAAUAUUGUGUAAUAAUAUAAAACCGAAUUGGAACUUCUUUCAUGUUUUCUAUUUGUUUCUAGAAUAUAAAAAUAGUUAAAAUACAGUAUGUGUAUUAUCUAUACUAACAUAUAUUGUGUACAUUAUUGUGUACAUCUUCCAAUUAAGCCAGGCAUACCAACUUGUAAGCAUUCUUCUUCUCUUAGAUAAACCAGAAGUUCUAAAAAUGCCAUCACAGAUCACAUGGGCCAAAACAUAUCUUCAGCAAAUAGACUGCCCAGUUGACUCAAACCCACCUCUCAGUGGCGUCACCUGGAUAAAGGACAUGACAAUGCUGACAACAGAUUCAGGUCGCUACGACCUUUUGAAAAAUGGCACCCUUCUGGUAAGUUAUUUCAACUUGAACUUCUAGCUGUUUGAACUUCAGCUAAUUUUUGUGUGUGUCGUUGAAAUUAAUCACAUUAACUAAAUUUAAUCUAAAUGGGUUUUUUUUUUUACAAUUGAAAAUACAAAUAAUACUAAAUGAGUAAAAUGCUAAAAGAUUUAUUUUAAAAAAUAUAUAAGCAUUUUAUCUAAUUUUUUUUAAAGCACUCUCAAGGGAAUUCAAAUUUAUUUUAAAAUUUUAAUUCGAAUGGGUUUCUUUUUAAAUAUAUACAUAUAUAUAUAUAUAUAUAUAUAUAUAUAUAUAUAUAUAUAUAUAUUUANAUGUAAUUAAUAUUUAUGAUCUCUGAAUGUAAUUAAUAUUUAUGAUCUCUGAAUGUAAUUAAUAUUUAUGAUCUCUGAAUGUAAUUAAUAUUUAUGAUCUCUGAAUGUAAUUAAUAUUUAUGAUCUCUGAAUGUAAUUAAUAUUUAUGAUCUCUGAAUGUAAUUAAUAUUUAUGAUCUCUGAAUGUAAUUAAUAUUUAUGAUCUCUGAAUGUAAUUAAUAUUUAUGAUCUCUGAAUGUAAUUAAUAUUUAUGAUCUCUGAAUAUAAUUAAUAUUUAUGAUCUCUGAAUGUAAUUAAUAUUUAUGAUCUCUGAAUAUAAUUAAUAUUUAUGAUCUCUGAAUAUUAACAGUUUUAAAACUUAUUGGUAUUCAGACCUGUUUACCCUCCAACUCUUAAAUUAGUACAAUAUCAUCACAAAAUCCUUCAAUACAUUAUCUUAAUAGUAAAAAAUAGUCAUACAGAAUAUAUUAUUUAUACACCUCAAAACCGUACAUUGUAUGCCAAAAUCGUAAGAGUAAACAGGUCUGGGUAUUUAAUAACUUGUGGUGAAUUCAAAGGACAAUUUUUUUGUUCAAUUCAGUCUUUCUGUCUCUUGCUUCCAGGUAGCUGAUGUUGAAGAUAGUGAUGCCGGCAGUUACAGAUGUAUACCCACCAACACCUUGGGUCAAGGUCUUAGCUCUCCACGUGUCCAGGUCAUCGUCCGAGGUGAGUGGUUUGAAAAUGUUUUCACUCAGUUCUUGCAACACUAGUUUCUUCAAAGGGAGCGCAUCCAUGGCAAUAAUUCAAGGAAGAAUUUAUCAGGCCUGGACAAUAAAUUUUACUGUUCACAGACCAACUACAAACAUACUAAAAGUUUCUUUAGAAAUAAGGGCUUUAAAAAAAAAAUUUUAACAUUGUCUUCCUGAAUUUCCUAAUAGAUUAAUUAUGAACAAUUUGAAAACAUUUUAUUUCUUCAGUAAUGAAAUGGUUUUAUAAAAGUUAUCUUUGAUAAAUUUUAAAAAUAUUUUCUUUUUGGGUGUUAAAUCAGGACUUAAUUACAUCAAAGGAUCACAAAACUUUUUUUUUAAUGCUAUCUAUCUUUUAUAAAGGAAAACCUUCAUCAUCUCAGCAGCAUGGUUAGAUUCAAUCAGUAGAUCUGCAUGUCUGCAUUUUCAUCUCUCUUUAGUAUCUUUUUUUUUUUUUUUUUUCCUGUUUACAUUCUUAUUUUGUAAAGAAAUUUCGUUAAAAUCUGAACAAGUGAUAAGGUAACACCAUGAAGUCCCAACAAAACCUCGGUGAGCAUCCUAUUUUUUUUGUUUUUAUAAAUCAUUUUUUUUUUUUUUUUUUUUUUUUUUUUUUUUUUUUUUUUUUUUUUGCCUGUUUACAUUCUUAUGUAGUAAAGAAAUUUCGUUAAAAUCUGAACAAGUGAUAAGGUAGCACCAUGAAGUCCCAAUGAAACCUCGGUGAUCAUCAUAUUUUUUUUGUGUUGAUAAAUCAUGCACUCAAUGUUGUCCCUUUUCUCCAUCAUGAAUCGUGCCAGUAGCUUUGUCUAAACCUCUCUGAGUCAUGAUGUGUGCAUUUUUUAAAUAUAUAUAUAUAUUAAAUAUUUCCCUUUCUUAAAAUGAGGUUGUUUUUUUUUUAACUGAAUGGAUCACUUCUCUAUUGUACAAAGUCUUUUUUUCCCCGCCUUGGGAAAGAAGCAUCUGUGAAGCACAGCAUCCAUGUUUGCACACCGUCUUUUUAGAAUUCUGAGUGCUUUAAUGUGUUUUCAAGUUCCCAUCGGACUCAAGCUUUGCUCUAUGUUGAUAGACUAUAUAUUUUUUUUGUGUGGUAAUAAUGUCUCUUUUCACCAGAAGUCAAAGAGAUUUUAUCUGAAGACCUUUAGGCCAUAAGCAUCAGUUUGAAACCACCCAUCUGGUUGUAGUCAAUGGGUGGUUUCAAACACGUGGGCUAGUUAAAAUAAGCCACUUUCCCCUUUUCACAGGGCUGCGCAAAGAGUUUAUUUUUUUUUAGUGUUUGUGUCUUGGUUUUAAGUUUGAGAUCUGGUAAUAACACACGAGGGUAGUCAAAAGCCAAAAUAUUUGAGCCAUUAAAAAAAAAAUGCAUUUGCUCACCAUUAUGUAACCAGCAGGGCUCUGUGGCUAUUUGAUGUUUCUUUCAAUUAUAUGCCAUAUGAAUUUUCUUCUAUUACCUGCUUGCUUUACCUGGGCUCAGACAAACCAGGUGAGAAUAUAUUUGUUCUUAAAUUGUCAUACAGCUUAAUUUUUUUUACCUGUCUUUUUUUUAUUUUUUUAUUUUUAUUUUUUAAUAUAUUUCUUUACCUUUAUAUGAAUUACAUUUUGAUCAGCAUAUUUUACCUCUUAGGUGGGGGCUUUAAUAGAAAUAUCAGUUUUGUUGUAGUUACACUCAGGUGUCAUAGACUUUGUUAAAUAUUCAUAAUACGUGUUAAAUAUUCAUAAUACGUGUUAUAGAGUUUUGGUGUCCCUUCUUCCUUGUAAAAAUCAGUUUUAGUGUUAUGGUAUGAAUGAUGAUAUUUAUACUGAUGACAAACUUAGAGUGCGCUGACUCUGGGAUGCUAGAUUGUUCUGGUCACGUGUGCCCAGCUGAAAAUGUAUGUUGGUGAAUGAGAAAGAAAGCUCAGCAUUUUUUUUUUUUACACCAAAGGACAUCAUUUUAAAUUUUUUUUUGCACCAGUGCCAUGUCAAAUUCCUUAACACAUUCCUCUUCUGUUAAAUGGCAGUUUUCAAAUACCAGAAAUGUGUGUAUUUUAAGUAUUUUAACUAAAAAAAAAAACCUACUUCAUUGAAUCUGUGAAAUUAGUUGAUAAUAAUGUUUUAUCCACUGAUGACAUGAAGAACGGAGGGUUGUUUAAUCUAUUUGAAUGUGUCUAUCAAUUCAUCGUUGUUAGUUAAAUGUUUGAGAGCUUGUUUGAUAGAGAAGGGACAGCCGAUGGGCUGUGUAGAAUGAAAUAAAUUUUUCACCCCAUGCAUGAGCUGAUGGUUAAGAUGAUCAGAUCAACUUUUCUACCGUCUGUCCAGACCCCCCUCAGAUAACAGUGAGUCCCCAGACUCUGUACAUCAGGAAUGUGGGAGACUCUGUGCAGAUGAGAUGUGAGGCCACGGGCACACCAGCUGUUUCAUUGCAGUGGAUUAAGGUUUGUGGAUGCAAACUUUUGUACCCUACAAAAAAAAUUUCAGUUUUUUAAAAAGUUUUUGGAAGUCAGAAAUAUUGGGAAAAUGGUAAAUUCGAGAAGCAAAUAAUUUAUGUUUUCCAAAAUUUAUAAAUAACUAUCAUAUCAUAUCAUGAGAUCGCAUACCUGUCACUGAUAGUACAGAAUUAUAGCUCACAAAUAACACUAUUUUAUCAUUGGUGGCUGUCGAAUCACCUCACAGGUUGGUAGCAGGCUGGAGGGUGACGAAAGGGUCACCUUAAACGAUAAGUUUUUGGAAAUAAAAAAUCUCACCAAAGACGACCACGGGAAAUAUGAAUGUAAAGCCAUCAACCAGAUUGCCACCGUCGUCAGUGUGACAGAGCUGCGCAUAGACAGUAAGUGCUGUGUGCAUAGACAGUAAGUGCUGUGUGCAUAGACAGUAAGUGCUGUGUGCAUAGACAGUAAGUGCUGUGUGCAUAGACAGUAAGUGCUGUGUGCAUAGACAGUAAGUGCUGUGUGCAUAGACAGUAAGUGCUGUGUGCAUUGACUUUUUGGGAUACACACUCUUUUUUUUUUUUUUUCAGUGUGUCAGUGUUGUGUGUUGACUGGUGGUGUGUCAGUGCUGUGUGUUGGCUGGUGGCAUGACAGCUCUGUGUGUUGGUUGGGGGCAUGUCAGUGCUGUGUGUUGGCUGGUGGCGUGUCAGUGCUGUGUAUUGGCUGGUGGCAUGUCAGUGCUGUGUGUUGGCUGGUGGCAUUUCUGUGCUGCAUGUUGGUUGUUGUUUUGUCAGCGCUAUUUGUUGGUUGUUGUUUUGUCAGUGCUGUGUGUUGGUUGUUGUUAGGUCAGUGCUAUUUGUUGGUUGUCAGUGUGUCAGUGCUGUGUGUUGGCUGGUGGCAUGUUAGCGCUGUGUGUUGGUUGUUGUUUUGUCAGUGCUGUGUGUUGGCUGGUGGCAUGUCAGUGAUGUGUGCUGGUUGUUAUGUCAGUGCUAUUUGUUUGUUGUCAGUGUGUCAGGGCUGUGUGUUGGCUGUUGGCAUGUUAGCGCUGUGUGUUGGUUUUUGUUUUGUCAGUGCUGUGUGUUGGCUGGUGGCAUGUCAGUGAUGUGUGCUGGUUGUUGUUAGGUCAGCGCUAUUUGUUGGUUGCCAGUGUUUUGUCAGUGUUGGCUGUUUAUCAGUGCUGUGUGCUUGUUGUUGUUUUGUCAAAGCUAUUUGUUUGUUGUCAUUGUGUCAUUCUUUGUGUUGGCUGUUGGAUAGAAAUGUAUUUGUUGCCAAUGUAUUCCAAGUCAACAGACUGAUGUAAUGUCAUCCUGUUUGUUCACAGAUACAACCCCACAUGCACCUUACAAUGUAACAGUGACAGCUGGAGUUUUCAAUGUCACUGUGUCCUGGGAGCCAGCCUAUGAUGGGGGCACUCCACAGUAUUAUUUUUUAUGGUAGGAAGAUUUGCACUGUCCCAAUUUUAGAUAGGCAGUGGGCCACAGGUUAAAUGGUUCCCUUUGAAAGAAUUAUUAUUAGUUAUAUUUAGGUAUAUUUUCAUUGUAACAAUGUUAGAUACACAGUGGGCCACAGGUUGAAUGGUCCCUUUGAAAGAAUUAUUGGUUAUUAUUAGGUAUAUUUUCAUUGUAACAAUAUUAGAUACACAGUGGGCCACAGGUUAAUUUCACUUUGACAGUAACAUGUUGGUCACAAGGCUUCCUGAGUAAUGUUUUUGCUUCACUUGACCAAAACUAAAUGCAAUCUGCUGAUAAUUUUAUCUGCUAUUUAAGGAUUAUACUUAGAAUAUCUACGUUAAUACUUAAGUGUGAUUAGCAAGAAAAUCUACUUCUUAAAAAAUAUUGUAUCUGAAGUAUUCAGUGUACUGUAAAUUUAUCUAUGGUAGAGGAUCAGCUGCAUAAUACGUAUAAGUAGCCAUGCUUAGAUUUAUAGAUAUAUAUAGACCUAUAUCUGGACACAUAUAUAGACCACUAUCUACACACAUGUAAACUGUUAUCAUUAGGUACAUAUAUAAACCUAUAUCUAGACCUAUAUAAAUCGUAAAAGAUAGGUACAUGUGUAGACCUAUAAAGAUACAUGUACUAAUAUGGGAUCAAUGACAAUCUUAAUGUUUGUUUAUCACACUUGUUAAUAUGUUGUCAAUUUCACUAGCGUAAUUUUCUUUUAAAUUUUGCAACCUCUUUAAUAACAAAUAUAAAAGAUCAACUUUUUCAGUUGAGUUUGAAAAUUCUACUUGCAGUGGAAAAUUUAUAAUCUGGGCUCCAUUAGUUACAUUCUGUUGACAAAAAGAUUUUUCCCUAUUCACCAUUCUCACCUCCUGUCAGCUAUGGCCCUGAACUUUUAAACAUUUCUUUUUAAAUCUGAAAAAAAACACAAAAAAACUUUGUUUAUUUAGUCACUCAGAUCCACAUGUUUAUUUAGUCACUCAGAUCCACUUGUUUAUUCAGUCACUCAGAUCCACCUGUUUAUUCAGUCACUCAGAUCCACAUGUUUAUUCAGUCACUCAGAUCCAUCUGUUUAUUCAGUCACUCAGAUCCACAUGUUUAUUCAGUCACUCAGAUCCACAUGUUUAUUCAGUCACUCAGAUCCACAAUUUACCAAGCUCUAGUCAAUAAAUAAAAUGCUUUUAAACUUGUUACCUGAAUUUUUUCACACAGUUUUCAGGGGUGUCUUGCAUCAUACUUUUCUAUAAAUACACAAACUCCUAUGUCUUCCUUAAAAAAACAACCAAAUAUCGGCAGACUGCCUAACGUAACAUUAUGAACUAGCCACAGAGGGAUGGCUGUGUUAAAAUCAGUAGGAUUGUGAACCAUAUGUCUUGUUUCUGACAUAUUUUGUAACUCUCAUAACAACCUGGGAAAGAAGAAGAAUGCAAAAUAGCUUUUUUCCAAGCUUCGAAAUUCAUUUUCACCUUUAGGCAAGAAAUGGUAUACAUUCUGGAAUGGCCAGAUCAAUCCUAGUCAGUCAGCUUAUAAAAAUUCUGAUUUAACCAUAGUAGAUGCACCAGCAUAUGGCUCUGUCAUUGUAUAGUUUAGUCUUUCCCCAACCUUUUCCAUUGACUGCACCACCUAGGAGUUGUUUUGACAAGCCUCACACCCUAAUCAAAGCAAGAGAGGUUUUUGAAAUUCGGAGAAUAAAAUGGACUACAAACCUUUUUUUUUUUUUGUAAAUUGAAUUUCAAAGAGAACUGUAAACCUAAGAAAAUAAACUUGUGAUUUAUCACAUAAAGUAGAAUAUAAAUUUGGAAAUUAAGAAGUGUAUGGACAUUUAUAACACUUUAUAUCACAACUUUAAAGUCAAUGGCUCCUCUGUUAUUUUAAUACUUUUCCUUGCAGCAAAUGAUCAUGGCAUUUCGCUCUUCACUUUGGGAAAACUCUUAUACAGUUUAGUGUAAAAGGAAGGCAGAAAUAGGUCAAACCAUUUAAUAGAAAACAAAAAAAUCUGAUGUUUAAUUGUGCAGCCAGGAACACUUAAAUUUAGUAAUGAAAUCAGCACACAAACACAUUUGUUUUAUAAUUCUUUUUGCAUGUAAAUUUUUUAUCAUGCCAUUUAACUGUCUGUUCACACUGUUCAAAAGCUAUUCCUUGAUGACUUUCAGGUUCCGUCCAGUUAUAGAUUCUCAAUGGAUCACCAUGGAAGUGCCUGGGAAGUCUGCAACGUUCUUUAACCUUUAUAGCCUUCAGCCCGACACAGAAUAUGAGUUUAAAAUUUUAUCCCGAAAUGCUUUAGGAGAUGGAUCCUACAGCUCUGUUGUGAGGCAGCGCACACUGGGUAAAUUUUUUCUACGAGCCGCUGCCCUUUUUUAGUUGGCGGCCCCACAGCCUUUUAAUUCAGAGAGUUCAUUUUACAAUUGUUUUUUUUUUUCUUCUUUUUCUUACUAACCCAUUGUAACCAGGAUUGCAGCAAGAUCCAAUACUAAAGAGUUCUAACCUCUUACUGUCAUGUUGGUGUCUAAAUUCAGUAAGAAUUCAGUGCUUACAAAUGUUGUCAAAAGGAUGUGACAGCAUUGACUUAGGCCUGUUUGGUGCAAAUAUUAAACAUAUUUCUAUAACAAGAUUGACUUUCAAACAUAAAAAAGUAAAUAACCAGCUCAAUUUUUGCCGGGGCUGGGUGAAACAAAUUUUUUAAAAGAUGUAAUUCAAUGGUUUCCUCAAUCAUUGGCCUUAGACAACAGUAAACGUUUUAGUUUUAAGAUCAGGAUCUCCCCCUUAUUUUUUGUGUAGUUCAAUAUCUUAUGGCUGAGGGUUACUGUGAAAAGUCAGCUGAUUCCCUCAGCUGUAACGUGACUCAAAACAAUUUGAACCCACGAACUGUCAAAUAAGGUCUGUGCUGUGUUGUCACUAUUUUUGAUUGGUGUAACUUUGAUGUGUAUCACUUAAAUGCCUAAAAGUAAUAGGCUUUGUCAUUUCUCAGACCGGAAAACGUCACAGCUUAUCUAGAGUUACUGUUACAUAUGCGGUUCACUCAAUGGAGUCUCAUUUCACAAAAUAGACGUAAAAAAUAAAUGUGUAAAAUAUUUCGUAAAAUAUAGUUUUAAACAAGUUUCAGGGACACUUCGCUAAAAUAGUAAUACUGAACAGUGUUGGCAUUUUGUCCGGCACGAGUACCCGGAUGAUUACAGCAGUUAUAAUAAUAGAUUUCCGCCAUUAAAUGACAAGCGCUAUAGAAAAUGAAUCCAUGGACCUUUGUAAAGUGUAGAUAUUCUGAGAGUAUAAUUUGAAAAAGGAAUCACAUGGUGUGAAUUUAAGACUUUUUUGAUCUUAUGUGACAGAUUAGAUUAGAGAAAGUUAUUUGGGUUUAUAGAAAUUUUUUUUUUUUAAUUAAAAAAAUAUUCAUUGAUACCUUACAUAUUUCUGCAGCUAAUUUUUAAUGCCUAUUAAAUUCAUUAGAACCCUUUUUUCCAUUACUUCCACUAUUGUAACCUAAACUGCAAGCGAUGCAAGAUCCACUAUUGUAAUUAUCACUACCAUGAAAAAUGACAAAUGAAAAAUCAUUUUCAUAAGGAAACAAUUCAAAUAAAUUAGUCUUUUUUAUUUUUGCUGGGCCAACAUCCGAGUCCUGCAAGUUAGUUUUUACACACAAAUAAUCAGAUAGGAAAAUUUCAGCUCGAUUCAAAAUUUAAAAACAAAGUAUGAAAACAUUUCGCUUAGUGUUCUACAAGUAGGAAGUAAUACUAAUUUGUUAGAGUUAUCCCCCUUUUGAAAAAAACCUGUAAAACUUAUGAUUCACAAUUGAAUUUUUUUGUAGUAGAGUCACAUUAUGUGGGCCGUAAUGUAACAACAGAAGCAGCCAUUAAGGAUUGGUGAUUUGGCUGCUUUGACAGUUCGUGGGUCAAGGUGUCUAAAUUUUUUACAUGACCACUUCAAUGUGAUGGGAAAAUAUAGUAAAAAUAGUUUUCCAUUAUUUGCAAGGGUUCUGACUGAAAAAGAAUGGGGCUCAAAAUUACCAAAUUAGAUGUGAGUGGCUUAUUGUUUCAAAUAGCCCCCUUAAAGAAAUUACCAAUCCUAGAGAUAAAAGUAAACAAAUGUAUUGGCUUCAUCACUUGCAUCAGUAACUUUCUUGAAUCUGCAAAAGAACCUGGCAGCGCUCAAUGUUGUUAACACAAACAUCUUCAUCCUUAGAGUGCAUAGCUUCAUUGCUCUGUUGUCCUAAUUUAGACUGAUGUUAGUACUUUUAAAGCCUGCUAUUUUAACAUUUCUUCUUUUUUUUAAUUUUUUAAAAUAGAUUUGUGUCCAUCUUUGUGCACAAGUAGGGAGUUAACGGGGAAGGGGUGUUAAGUAUUGUGUCUUGCUCAGGGGCAAGCUUGAUCGCUUUGGGUAAAUCUGUAUCAGUUUUCAAAAAUAACAAAAGGGGAAGACAAUAAACAUUUUUUUUUAAUUUAUCAAACAAUCUGGGAAAUUAAUAUUAUUUCCAAACAUUUUUUUGUAAUUAAAAAAAAAUCACUAGAAUUAUUAUUAUUUUUAAAAAUUUAAAACAGUUUAAAAAAUUUUCUAUAUGCCCACUGCAUGACCAAAACAAAUAUGGGAGUUUUUCCCCCCUUAUUUUUUUGUAGUUCUUUCUAGAUUACAAAUUUUACAGCACAAUUACUGUCACAAUAUUCAACUAUUUAGCCUUUUUGAAGUUAAGCUUUGUUUUCCUUUCAACUUUCUAAUCACUGAUGUAAAAUUGUUUAAUAACCAUUGUUUAACUAACCCCAACAUAUGUAUUAUAACAAUUUUUUUAACCAAAAAUUAUAAAAAAACAUUUUCUCCAUCUUAACACUAUUCAGCACCAUGAUAUUUUUAAGCUGGAAGAGAAAAAUCUUGAUACCGUUUUAUUGUUCUUUCAAUCUGAAUGGUGUAGGAUGUAUUUCUUCUUACAAAUUGCUGUCUUCUUUAUUCACAUGUGUUGUAUGUUCUCACAAAACUUUUUUUCCAUAUCUUCACCACUAUUUGAUUGUAUUACAACUGCAGCUCAGUACUCAGAACCAAGCAGCGCAAGCAAGCGUGAAACCACUCCUCCGCUUAUGGGUACAAUUUGCAUUUAGACCACCUGCCCACAACCAAACCUUUUUUUUUUUUUUUUUUUUUUUUUUUUUUUUUUUUUUUUUUUUAAAAAACCCCCAGAAAGGUUUCAUUUCCUUUUUUUUUUUUUUUUUUUUUUGUUUCUUUUUUUUUCUUUUUUUUUUUUUUUUUAUUUUUUUUUUUUUUUUUUUUUUAUAUAAAAAACCCCCAGAAAGGUUUCAUUUCCCUUUUCUUUUUCUCUUUCAUUUGCUACUAUGUUUAACAGUAUUAUUUUGUUUAUAAUUUUGUUCAACUACUAGGCAUAUUCAAAUAUUUUAUUUAAAAUUGUGCCUUUGACUGCCCAAUAAAUAUUGACAUUUUUAGAAAAAAUUAGUUAUCUUUAAAAUGUAAGGUUUAUCUUAUUUUAAAAUGUGUUUAAUUCGCAAAGUAAAAACCAAAACUGAACCAACAAAUCAUUUCCUUGUGCAUGAGUUAAAAAUAAAUAAUGUUUAAUCAUUACUUUUUGUAAAGUAAAUUUUUCGAUUAAAGAAUUUUUUAAAGUUAAAAAAAAAAAAAAUUAAAGUAAAUUUAUUCACCUAAUGAGCUCUAUUUAUGGCAGUUAAUUGAAUGAGCUUUUUGAUUGUGUUUUUAACUAUUUUCAAUUCUUCAGAAUCUAAAUUUAUGUUAUUCUCCUCAUUUGUAUGAGCUUUGUACCUUCUGUUCAAUCAGCUUGCGAUUUUUUUCUCUGUGUUGUCCACUUGGUUUGGGAUGGCCUAUUUGGUUUUUGUUCCUCUUUGUCCCCCCUCCCCACUUUUUUCCCAUUACUGCAUGUGAGUUUAAUGUUUCAAAGAUCUGUGUCCUGUUAUUUGUUCUCUCAUUUUCCAACACUUGAUAUUUUUGAUGUUCUUUUGUCUUUCAUUCAACAAACCAUUUUCUUUGCAUGUCCCAAUUUAUUUGUAUCACUUUGUUUUUUUAAAAAAAAAAAGCUUUGUUUUGACAUCAGAAUGGAAAGGCUUGAAGAAAUCCACUGAGAUGAAAUCCAUUUAGAAUUAAUCCAGUCCAUUCAUGAGAAAUCCUUUAAUAAUAGAUCUUUUUAGAGGAAAUCCAUUUAGAUUAAAUCCAUUUAAAUUAAAUCCAUUUUAGGAGAAGUUGAUUUAGAAGAAAUCCAUUUAAGAGAAAUUCAUUCAGGAGAAGUCUUUAAAAAAAUUGAAGUUAACUCACAAGCACUGUUUACAAUUGGAAAAUUAUGGUAGGAAAAUAUGUUUAUAAAUUGGCGUUGAACAUUUUUUUAAACCAAAUCCUAGAUAAGUUUGUGGUCCCUUGACCUGGACUCAAAUAGUUUUAAAGCAAUACUGUACCCAUGCAUAAAUGUUUUAACACUAAGUCUUGUCACAAUGAUUAUUUUUUAAAAAAAAGUAAGUUAAAUUUUUGUAUUGUAGAAAGAAGUUGAAGCUUCAUAAAUGCUAAUGCUCAAGUUGUUUUUAUGUAAGAAUUUCACAUGUGCACUGUUUGUUUGAAAACUACAUUAACUCUAUGCUUGUCUUUGCAUGAUUUUUUAAUAAUUUUUUUUUAAAAAAUCUGUUGUGACCAUCAUGAUUAACUCCAUAUAAACGACUCCCUUAAAUAUUCUCAUUCAGUUUGAACUUGUUGUUGUAAGAGAGUCACUGCACAUUUUUGAUCAAUGGAAUAACACCCUGAUUUUUAAUUAUAUGCAAACUGUAAAAAAUACCAUUAGUUAUUUAUUAAUUAAGUUAGAGUUAGAUAUGAAUAAAUGCCUUACUUUGGUAUUGGUAUGCUCACUUAAGAAAAUAUUCUUUAACAAAAUAUGGCUUAUGCAGCAUUGAUGGAUUGGUUUUUCUACUCAACUAAUUUUCCCAGCCAUUCAAGGCUGCUUUAAAUGAGUGCUACCAAACAUUUUAUCUCCCCUUGCAAGGCAUUAAUUCAGCUUCUGAUUUUUUUGUAUUUUUAAAAAACAAACACACUAUGAGAUAUAGACACAAUAUGAGACAUAGACACACCAUGAGAUAUAGACACACCAUGAGAUAUAGACACAAUAUGAGACAUAGACACACCAUGAGAUAUAGACACACCAUGAGAUAGACACACCAUGAGACAUAGACACACCAUAAGAUAUAGACACACCAUGAGAUAGACACCAUGAGAUAUAGACACACUAUGAGAUAUAGACACAAUAUGAGAUAUAGACACACCAUGAGAUAUAGACACACCAUGAGAUAUAGACACACCAUGAGAUAUAGACACAAUAUGAGAUAUAGACACACCAUGAGAUAUAGACACACCAUGAGAUAUAGACACACCAUGAGAUAUAGACACACCAUGAGAUAUAGACACACCAUGAGACAUAGACACACCAUGAGACACAGACACACCAUGAGACAUAGACACACCAUGAGACAUAGACACACCAUGAGAUAGACACACCAUGAGAUAGACACACCAUGAGAUAGACACACCAUCAGACAUAGACACACCAUCAGACAUAGACACUCCAUGAGAUAUAGACAUUGUAUUAAACAUUCAUUUGCUCAAGGUAUUAAAAGGAACAACCAGCAAGUUCAAGAUAAGUUUGCUCUUCUCACAUCAAAAAUUUUUUUUCUCUAUGUCACAAUGUCACUAACCACACCAGAUGGCUCUGAUUUCACUCAAUAAAGUUACCAAUAACUGCGCUAAAUGAGAUUCUUAGAAAUGCAGCAUGUGUGUUUGGUGCCUAAUAUUUUAUUUGUUUUAAGGGGCGAUAGUGGGUGCAAUACAUCUGCAGUGUUGGUGGUGGGGGGGGGACAUUAGAACAUGAAUAUAGUUCAGGGGUGGUGGCCUAUCUGGGGAGGGGGGGACGGUGGUGGGGGGGGGGACAUUAGAACAUGAAUAUAGUUCAGGGGUGGUGGCCUAUCUGGGGAGGGGGGGGGGUUCAAUAACUGGGAAUUUUAUAAAGUGCAUUAAUUAAAUACACGCUUUGUCAAGUAACGUUAGUUGAUGGGAAGUUCAUGCAUUGCGGCCGCCAUUGUUUGGCAGGCUACAUCUGAUACUGAUAUCAAUGUUUUAUGUUAAUGUAUAAUUAGAAUUAUGAUGCAUCUUAAUAAUCUUCCUUCAAAUCUUUAUCUUAAAUCUCAGCAUAAGCUUUAUAUGAUAAUGAAUGCACUAGGCUAACAUUAAGUAACUGCACUGACAUUAAUGUUCUUUCUUGUGUGUGAAAAUCCCAUGCCGUCACAGGUGUCAGCUAAGUUUUUAAAGGAUGGACACGUAACAACUGUUUUUUUCUUGCAACGGUCAUUCAAAUAUUUCACACCUGCUGUAGCAAAGAUGGUGCUCAAGUUCAUUUUGUUAAAGCUAAAGGUUUACGCUGAUGAUAUCAAUGCUCUAGUGAUUGUACGGAUCAGCAAGAAAAAAAAAAUCACUUGGUAUUUUUCUCCCUUUGUAUCAUAAACUGUGUAACUCAUUUGUGGCAUUGACUCUCGAUGUGAGUAACUGACUCGAUGUAAUCAUAAAACCCUUAAAAUAUACUUCCUGCCUAACAGUUCCGAAGAAAAUAAAAGAGUUACACAGUUGAACCUUUGCGCCCCCCCUUAACCCCCCAUUUUUUACUCUGUUUUUAUGUAUUAUAUAGGCAGGUCUCAUUGUUUCUAUUGACAGGUUUCAACCCUAAUGAUGUAAUGAGGCUCCCAGUCAAUGGCAGUGGGCUCACAUACUUUCCAGAAAUCACCAAAAAUAUUGGUAAAUCUCUUUAUUUUAGAAUUUUUUAUUUAAACAUUUCCUUUGAUAGGGGCCAUCCACAUAUUACUUAUGAACUUAUGCACACACACACACACACAAAAGUAAACAUUCUUCAUGCAGUACAUUUCUGGACACCGCCCCCUUGUUAUGUACAAAGUAGAAUUGAAAAAGCCUAUAAACCACUGAAACCAAGUAAUACCUUCACAAAUAUCAUCACAUGCCUGGAAACUACAAACCAAAGGCCAACUGUAGACUUGAAUUUAUCAUCAUGCUAAAAUUACUAUUACUAUUGUGAUAUACAGUGAGUUGAUCAAAGAAAAAAUAUGAGGAUACUUACUAAAAAUAAUAGCCAUGAUGUUUCAAUAGCAUUUGAAAAUAAUUCAAAAUCUUGGAUUUCACAGAUUUUUAGAUGACAUAUGUGUUAAAGAUAUAAAUAGAUUAUUUAUUGAUUUUCAGAAUUUCUGGGUAUUUAUUCGAAAUUGAGACAUACCAGUAACAAAAAUCUCCUAAAUCAACAAACACCCUCUCCUCUCCCCCCUUUGCAUGCGUAAAUAUAUUGAUGGCAUCUUUUGGCAUUGCAUAGUUGGCCUGUUUUCAACAUCUUUCCAAAAUGUCCCCGGCCUUUAUUUAACCCAGAGAAAUGAGCGCAGCCUUGUAGUUUGAUACAUUUCAGUCUUUCAAAAUUGACUAUUGAUGGAUUGUGGAAUUUUAAAAAGAUUAAAGAAAACAACACAAUCUUAAUCUGAUACACAUCACUUGUAUUUACGUGCAAAUUGUCUAUUCCUUCAAGCAGCUACUGUAAUUUUUUUGCACUUGUCACAAAAUGCAUGUGUGACCAUAUCCUGGUGAAAUCCCAAAAUGUCUCUUAGAAUUCCUACUAGAAAGCUGAGAUUUGGCACCCAGGUUGGCGUCCUCGACCCUAUAUUUCAUCAGUUAGAGAUUCCCUGAAUUUAAAAAAAAAAAGAGUUCAUCUGACAAAAAAUGUUUUGAUGAAAGUUGUCCUGAAAAAAUAGUUUUUGUGUGUGUGUGCCAGUGCUAGUGUUGUUUUGUGUUAGUGUUGCUUUCCAAUUGUUUGACAAAGGGGUAAUAAAGGAGAGGGGCUGCGUGUUCAAGCCGUGUGAAGUAAAUAAAUAAUGGAACAAGACAUGUUUAGCCUUGAAAAAAAAAAAAGACAGAACUAAGGAUUUAUUUUGAGUGUGUAUCUAUCAUCCAUGCAGUAGGGUCAGCUUGGAUUCUAAAAAGUAUAUUUACUGUUAGGAUUACUUUGUUAUUGAGCAAAAUUAUUAUUAUUGAUGCUAUGGACAUGGAACUUGUUGAUUAAAAAAAAAAAUACACGUUUAUAUCAAUAUCUUGAUUACUGGCAUGAAAUUUUAUGUGCAGCAAUUAGUGUGAACUGCAUUUUGAGCAUUUGAUACAAGCACUAAGGACUGCUGUUGCAGUGGACAUUCUGGUGACCAGUAUGAAACUGUAAGAUUUUGAAAAUGCUGCUGUUGAUGUGACAGGAAAUGUGACAACCAUCCAAACCCUUCCCAAGCUGUCUGAUCAACAGGCUCACCACAGAGACUAUAUUUGACAGUAAUAAGUCUCUGUGGUCAUAGUAAUGUGUGCUGUGCAUAACUCAAAUGGGCUGGAGCAUUUCGACACCCCAAAAAAAAAACCUCCAAAUAAAAUCACCCCAAUAAAUAUUGGUUAAUGUCAAAUCGCUGUAAAGCAUCAGAAACAAGUUGCUCUGUGGCAUGAAGAAAAUCAUCAGAUACAAGUUGCCUCUGUGGCAUGAAUAAAAUCAUCAGAUACAAGUUGCCUCUGUGGCAUGAAGAAAAUCAUCAGAUACAAGUUGCCUCUGUGGCAUGAAGAAAACAAACUGAAUCUACAUGAAUUGAUUUGAUCUAGAAAUUUAUGUGGGAGGUUAUGCAGAGAAUAAACUUGUUAUCAACUAUCACUUUCAUCCAUACAGGACCACUGCCUGCAUCUCCCAGCAACCUCACGGCCCAGGUCAGAAACAGGGAUAUUUUAUUGGACUGGAAAGUGCCUCUGGUGUCACCUGUACCUAUAUUCUCGUAAGUUCAUUGGACAGGGUCCUUUUUAGGCCUCAUUACAAUUUAUUUUAAAAAAAUAUAUAUGCAUAUAUUUUUUUUUAAAGAUAAUCUAUUAAUUUUUUUUUUUUAAAAAGCUAAAUGACAAUAGGUAGUGUUCAACUGCAAUAAUUUCCAUUGCAAUAAGUGUUAUAAAAUGAGUAAAUUAUUAAUUAAAUAAUUACUUGACAAAAAUAGAUAUAUAUAUAUAAAUACAGUGGGAGCUAUUCAAUUUUAUCAAAUGCAAAACUUUUUAGUUCAUUUCACAUUUUUGAAAAAGGAGAAGAAAAAAAAAAGUCCUAAUUUUCUUGAAGAUUAAAAGAAAAGGGUAAUAAGGUGAAAUGAUUUCAUGAAGAUAGGUGAAAUGAUUUCAUGAAGAUAGGUGAAAUGAUUUCAUGAAGAUAGGUGAAAUGAUUUCAUGAAGAUAGGUGAAAUGAUUUCAUGAAGAUAGGUGAAAUGAUUUCAUGAAGAUAGGUGAAAUGAUUUCAUGAAGAUAGGUGAAAUGAUUUCAUGAAGAUAGGUGAAAUGAUUUCAUGAAGAUAGGUGAAAUGAUUUCAUGAAGAUAGGUGAAAUGAUUUCAUGAAGAUAGGUGAAAUGAUUUCAUGAAGAUAGGUGAAAUGAUUUCAUGAAGAUAGGUGAAAUGAUUUCAUGAAGAUAGGUGAAAUGAUUUCAUGAAGAUAGGUGAAAUGAUUUCAUGAAGAUGUUGCAUUGGUGAAACAGCAUGUUUUCUCAUCUGACAGUUACAAGAUUGAUUACCAGCAUGAGAGCAUGGACAGGUGGGCCAUCUACCCCAACAGGAUCAUCGAUGGCAGCACCAGUCAUGCUGAGAUGAGGGAGAUGCCCAGCGGGGUGUAUGACCUGAGGCUCAGGGCGCACGGUGUCAUGGCCAUCAGUGCCCCAUCCAACACCGUCCGGGUCACCGUCUCAUCUGGUAUGUCUUUGUCCGUCACUGUUCUGCUUCUUGUUCAGCAGGUCACUUUCAUGUCAUUCUUUUAAGUUUUAACUGCGGCAGUGGGACUGUGAAUUUUGGUCUAUCAGAUUAAAGUUGUCAAAAAUUACAUAGGCUACAAGAUUUAAUGUGACAAAAAAAUUCCCUCAUGCACUUGUUUAUUGUGUCAUGUUUUUAACAUGCUUCAUCUCAGCAGUCCUGGUUUGAAUGCUUUAACACUUCAAACACAAAUGUCACAGAUUGGUAUCUCCAGCUUUUUUACCCCUUUAUUUUCCCAUGCCACUGUCACUAUCCAUAUGGCAUGACACUAAUUGAAAUUGGGGAGGGGAAUUUAUGAAUAUUUUUUUUCUUCCUGAUUACCCCAAGGGUAGAAAAUAAAACAGUUCCUUCCAGUCCACAAAUCAUUUCUUUUACAUUUCUGAAGAAGAAGUGAAUCUAAAAAGCUGAAACUAACUUUGUCAUGAAAUUGGUUUAUUUUAUUUAAAUGACAUAUCAUUUUAAUUAAGCUAGUUCAUAAAGUGGGACAUUAAUUAAAAUAAGAACACAAAUAUAAAUAGUUUUAUGAGUUUACAGUUUUAUUGUAAUCUAUACUGUAAAAACCCACCCCAAGAUGGGGGUUAAAUUUUUUACCUAGUAAAAUGCCUUCCAGUUUCCUUCAGCUUUUUGUUCAAGAUUUCUUGUGCUUACAAAGUCAGACCUGUUUACUCUUACGAUUUUGGCGUACAAUGUACGAUUUUGAGGUGUAUAGAUUGUAUAUACUGUAUGGUUUUUUUUACUAUGAAUAUAACAUAUUAAAUGACUUUGUGAUGAUAUUGUACGAUUUUAAGAGUUUGAGGGUAAACAGGUCUGCAAAGUUGACUUGGAACUGUGAAAACUGCUUUUUAAAAAAAAAUUAUUUGUCAGUUUAUAUAAAUGAUCUUAACAAAAAUAAUUGUCUCUUUAAAAACAAAAUGUCUCACUCCCCCUUGUUAUGUUCAUGCUCCAAAAGGGUUUCCUGACAUGUGCAUUAAGCCGCAACAUUAAAUCCUUUUUAUAUUACAAACAUUAAACACACUGUGUAAGCAUGCAUCAUCAUGGGGCAAAUAUGGUAAGUGAUUUCAUCAUUAACUCAUUAGGUUGAUAUACAUGCCAUGAAUGAUAUGAAACAUACAACCACCCUUACCUUCUGUAUCCACUUUACAUUACUGCCUUCAAAGGGAAGCCAAAAUCACCAGGAACUCCUGAUGCAUCCUCAUCGUCGGGUAUAGUUACCUCCCCUAACUUGAAUGGUUUUUUGCUGUAUUUUAUUUUAAUCCACUCAGAUCUAUACAAAGAACUAAACGGCUUUUUAUUUUCUUUUUUUAUAUAUAUAUAUAUAUACUUGGUUUCAUUAAUUUUUUGGUACUAAAUGUCUUCUGUGCUACCUUUGGUUCCAGUCCAAUAAUAUUCUCUCAUCAAGUGACACUAGAUGUAUUAAAGCUGGUGAAAGUUUGCAUAUAAUGAUGUGGACCAUAAUUACAUCUACCCGUCUCAUGCUUAUGGGUUAAACAAAACCUUUGGUUGGCCACUGCAACAAUUUACCUGGUAUCAUUGAGUGACUUAUUAAAAAAUACUCAACCACAUACCUGUCAACUGUAUACCUGUCAACUGUGUGUGUACCUGUCAACCCUUUCCUUUCCUCAGCUAUGACAUUGGGCCCAAAUCUCUACACUGGAUUUGCAGAAAAGGGGGGGGGGGGGGGCAAAGUGAAUAAAAAAUAUCAUCAUUUUCCCUUUCAGUUACACAGCAGUUGUUGAAAAACUCUUUUUGUUUCACGCAUACAAACUUUAUUCCUUUCCUCAGCUAUGACAUUGGGCCCAAAUCUCUACACUGGAUUUGCAGAAAAGGGGGGGGGGGGGAGCAAAGUGAAUCAAAAAUAUCAUCAUUUUCCCUUUCAGUUACACAGCAGUUGUUGAAAAACUCUUUUUGUUUCACGCAUACAAACUUUGUUCAGCACACUUAACGCCAGUUAUAACAUUUUGGCUAAAGGAGGUCCCAGAAUUUUUUCCCAAGCUUAACAUUACAUGAUUCAAUGAUUGAAGUAAGAUUUGAGUGACCAAUCGGUCCGCUUGCAUGGUUCAAACCACUGGUUCAAACCACGUGUCACAUCAACAUUGUAGGGACCUCUUAUUUCAUCUUGAGAGAUCCCGAAUGAGGAAAAUUUUCCGCACUAUUUGAAUUAUUCAGUGCGUUAUUUUUUUUAAUGCAUAUGAGGUUGACAGGAGUGCAUUUGACAGGUGUGUAUUUAACAGAUGUCCGCCUGUGUCACUAUUAAAAAAAUAACCAUUCUUCUGCUGAGCUUACUUCUAUGAUUAAUUUGAUAUUAUUAUUUUGAUAUUAUCUGUGAAUUUAUGGACCAUUGACAGUACUGGGUUGUUCCAUGGGACAAGGUGAACAAUGUGCCAAGGCUUACGGGGGCAUCUGUCAAAUCUUCUGCUUUUCACAGACAGUAUUAUGCAUAGCUAUGGGUCCAUUUGUUGCCUUUUCCCAGGGCCCCCAAAAGGCCUUAAUCGAGCCUUACUCACCAAUUGAGUUCCAGGUUUUGGUCCUGACAUGAAUUUAUUUAUUUAAUUGUUUUAAUUACAAAUCAGCCUCCUAAAAUGAUGUUUCCGUUAGUGUAAAACCUACUGCCUCAGGUGUUAUUACCAGAAUAAUUGAGGAAAGUAUUUUAUUAUCUCUUUUGUUUAAACUCAGAACCAGGCGUCAUAGGUCAACUAGGCAAAUUAUGCAUUGAUCUGUCAGGAAGGAAUAUUUAUCUGAAUCGAAAAGGCAAAGGGAGUUGUCCCUACCGUGAAAAUCAAUUUCAGCUCCUGUUUGCCUUCUUUAAUUCAAUAAAUGUAUGACUAAGUAGUCAUGUAUGUCUGUCAAAGAAUUUUGAAAAACUUCAUCUAUUUUUUAUGUCACCUCUUGCAUGCUGGUUAUAGUCCCAACAUGAGUAUCCAUAUUUUGCAUUAAUGUGCCCAUUCCCACCUCAAAUGAUCUUUAGUCACUUGUUCUAAAUCAGGGGUUCUUAACCUUUUUUUUUUCCAUGGCCCCUUUUGCUAGUAAGAUGAAGGCCACAGGCCCCUUCUUAGAAUACAGUUUUUAAAUGCAUGUAAUAAAAAUAUAAAGGAAAUGCAGAACACUUACAUCUUUUCAAGGGGCCACUGGACCACUUGUUAAGAACCCCAAUACUAUUUCUCUAAACUUUUGGAUGUCAUAGAAUGGCUUUGUUAUGUAUCAAUCAAUGCCAUGUUAAGUUGAUAUAAGACUAAAACUUAUGUAAUCCAUCAUAAAAAUACUUUAGUUUCUAUAAGCUUUUAAAAAAAAAAAUAUAUAUAUAUAAUAUAUAAAUAAAGUUAUUCCUUAAAUGUCCGACUGACUUAACUUACCCAGAGUUUAGAGACCAUGACACUGAAAGGAAGAUACCUAUACUAAUUUUUUCAGGAUCAUUAUAAUUAAUUGAUGUACUAGUUACUAGCAGGGAUCAGCUAGUUAAUCCUGAAUGAAAGGAUAACUAACACUGUGGUAAACUGAGGUUUGCAUGCUGACAUAUUUACUUAAGAAAAAAAUCAUAAAUCAACUUCCACCUACUGGAAGCUGCCUAGACACUUCUUACUGUUCAUUUAAUAGAAUAAACAUUUUCACAACAGAUAAAACUUUUAUAUGUUAAAAAAAAAGAUUAUUUUUAAUUACUGAUUCUUUUUUCUUCUUAAACUGACAGCUGUAAAGGGUUAAAUAUUACUUUUUAAUAAGAAUAUUUUUUUAAAACAACUUUGCUUUCAGUGUGGCAGAUGUAGGAAAAUACACUUUACAAGUUCAUUUCUUCUGUCUUAGUAUUGCAUCUGUGUGUUCAAGCUUGCACUAUAUUUAUUUUUUACUUUGCAUUUAUUUAGACAUAGCUGAGUAUAAUGAACUAUUUUAAUAAAUGGCUUAUAAAAAAAAAAAAAAAAUUGUGUUCAAAAUAAAAUCUGUCAUAUGUUUCAUAAAAAUUCUAAUUUUUCUUUACACCCAAUAAUACAAUAUGCUAGUUUUUUAAUAGGAAAAACAGUAUUCCGUGCAUUUGAGAAGCUGUUUUGUUUUGUAAAAUGGCCUGAACGAAUUUCAACUUCACUCGGUUUUUAAACCAAUAAAAUAUUUGCUGUUUUAGAUGACCUCGUCCUACCAGAGGCUCUGAUUGGUGGGAUCAUAGGAGGUGUACUCUUUCUAUUGGUUGCUGUCCUUCUUGCACUAGUUGCCAUUUUCCACAGCAGGAAAAAGGAUAGAAAAGCAAAGGCAAAAUACAGUGAGUGAAAAAUGUGAUACUUUUGCAUAAUGUUUUUACAUUUAGAUAAUAAAAAGAUUGCAGGGCACCACAAGAGGAGGGAGACGAAGAGGAAGACAAAGAAAAAGAUAGGAGGAUAAUAUCAAAGAGUGGACAGGACUAACACUGCCCAAUGCUGUGCGCAGUGCAGAAGACAGAGACGAAUGUAGGAGGAUAUUUCACAUGUCAUCUGUGGCGCCCAGCGGUCCAAGGACUAAGGGACAUGAUGAUGAUGAUGAUAUAUAGAUAAACACUAAGAUAGAAAUAGACACAUUAAAAAUGUUCAUUUUAUUCAUAUUUAAAAGACUAUACAAAUUUAAAAAAAAAAUUUUUAAACAUUCUAUUUCUAAUUCAUUUAUCAAUGAUACCAAAUAAUGUCACUGUGAUAGUAACAUAUGUAUAUAUAAUAUAUAUAUAUAUAUAUAUAUAUAUAUNAUAUUUCCCACUUCUCCUUAACAGAUGAUGUCAAUUAUGGAAAACCUGAUGAAAUGAAUGGACGACAGUAAGUAACACUGCUUCAAUAAAAAAAAAAUAGUCAAUUUGCCAGUGGUUCAUAUAUUAAACUUCCUGACCCAUUAAAUAUCUUGAGAACCUCAGAUUAAAAAUUUGCUCUAUUCUAAAAUUUAAAAAUCAAUACCAAUAUAUGUUUUUGUGUUUCCUGUUUGAAAGAUUUUUUUUUAAAGUCAAAUCUGCAAAAUUGGCCUAAUAUUGUGGCAUAAUCUUUGCUAAAGAAAUGCUGCAGCAAUUAAUUUCUCAAAUAUUUUGUACAUAUUACGUCAUGGGUAAAAUAAUUAUAUUCUCUAUACAUUCUCUGUGACCGGAGAAAAUGGGAACCCUUUUGAUAACAAUGGAAAACACCAGUAAAUAAUAAGCAGUUUUAAAAAAUCAUUCUCAUUUUAGUCCUGAAAAAUGACCAAAGAUAAUGAAUGGUCCCUGAUAAAAUUUAAGAAUAUGUUAGAAUUAAAAUAAGUUUUGGAAUUUUAAAAAAAUUGAUCAUUAUUUACCAUUUCUUUUUCAUCAUUAUAAAAAGGGUUCCCUUUUCCCCGGACACAUGUGUGUAUAGAUAGAUGGUACUUUCAGAGUUGAUGGUACUUUCAUUAAAAUAUAUUGUUUAACCAAUAGGGAAACUAUAAGAUUUUUACAGGUAGCCCUAGCCUGAGAAUGCUUUACAAAAUAAAAAAAACAGUUGUCCAGCAGCAGUGCAUCAGGAGAGGAUUGCUUUAAUCCCUGAUUACAUUUAUUUUUUAGUUGGCAUUUUAAUGUAGUGAUGUAGAAUGCCUUGAGUUGCACUGAGCCAGUCUGGGGCUACCUGUGAGUUAGUUAGCAGUUGUUUUUGUUGAAAAUUUCAAUGCAAGAAGAAUGAAAAAAAAAAAUGUAAGUUUAGAUUUACAUAAUGUGAAGCCCCUCAUACAUAUCCAUAAUUUUGUUUGUCUCCUUCUCUUUACAAUCUUUCUUGGAAAGGACUAGGAAAGGUAAUGUUAUGUCUGUCAACUAAGGGAGGGCAUUGUGCACACUGCAUGUGACUUUGAGUUAACCAUGUUUCAUUUGCUCUCUUCUCUCAUCAGCUCGAUUUUUUUUUUUAGUUUCAUGUAUUGACCACAAUCAAUUUCAUUAAUUGAUUUACCACAAUAGCUUAACUCGUGUCUUGAAAAUAUGUUUCAUCUAGUUGAUUUACAUAAUAUACUAAUUCAUGUAUUUACAAUAUGUUUCAUUAAUUGAUUUACAUAAUAGAUUAAUUCUUGUGUUUACCCAAUUUUUAUAAUUGUGUUUACCCAAUUGAUUAGGUAUUAUUAUUAUUAUUUUUUAAAAUAAUUUUCUGGGGAAAUUAUACAAUGGUUUAAGAUUUUACUUUGUCCCGCCUCCCGUUAAAUGCCAAGAUAUUUUAAAAUGACAUUGUGAUUUUUAUUUUAAAAUGAGCCGAAGGUUGAUGUUAAGACUUUAAUUUCUUGUGAGUGAAUAUUGCAGUUGUACUUGUCUUCGUAUGUGUUUGCAUUGAGAUUACUGGAACUUUGCAUUUAAAAAAACAUAAUUAUAGAAAUGUAAAUAAUUUUUAGGUUCCUGCCUGACAUUAAUAUUUCCUCAAAUAAUGUGGAUACACAUCACAUAGCCUCAACAACUCAUUGUUUUACAUGCUUCUCAUCAGUCAACUCAUUGUUUUACAUGCUUCUCAUCAGUCAACUCAUUGUUUUACAUGCUUCUCAUCAGUCAACUCAUUGUUUUACAUGCUUCUCAUCAGUCAACUCAUUGUUUUACAUGCUUCUCAUCAGUCAACUCAUUGUUUUACAUGCUUCUCAUCAGUCAACUCAUUGUUUUACAUGCUUCUCAUCAGUCAACUCAUUGUUUUACAUGCUUCUCAUCAGUCUAAAUCAUGGUUUUGUUUUGUGGAUUUUAGUAUUGUUUUUUUGUUGGUGUGUGUGAAAAUCUUGUUAACAUGUACUAAUGGGAUCUAGACAGAGCUCUAAUCUUAAGGUUAUGUUAAAAGCUCUAUUGCUUUUCAAGGGGUUGAAAUAUUGACAGGUGGUCGUAAUAACUAUAACUGUCAUUAAUAGGUAAAAUAUUGACCAACAUGGAAUCAGACCAAGUUUAAAACACCCCCACCCCCCUCCCAAUCAAAGACACACACACACAACCGCUGAUAUAAAGACUCAUGCGAGCACACACACACACACACACAUAUAUAUAUCAACCAUUAAAUACAUUUUUUAUUAUGUGGAAAUCACAAAAUGUGAAUUUAUAAGGUUUAAAAAUAUAAUAUCUUGAAUUCUCAAUUUCUCCCAUUGAUAAAAGUUUGAGAACCACUCGAAGGCUGUAGAGAGUAAAAAAAAAAAAGUGUAGCUUGUCAUGUGAAAACACCAUCUGGAAAUACUGCUGUGGUGGGAUGGUACCAUCUUUUAAAAAAAGAAAAUAAUUCUCUCUCUUGGGGUUUGAUUAGUUUUUUUUUUUUAACUAGUCUCUGUUAAACUUGAAUCUCAUCUCUUCAUCCAUCUAUCUAGUCUUUCACAAACUUUUAUCUUGCCUCCUUAAAAUAUUUAUCAACUCUCUCACAUCUGUCAGAUCAACACAACCAAUAAGAAAGCAAACAGUUAUUAACUUUUAAUUUACUCACUGCAGUGAACCUCCGACAAAACGGGAUCGCUGGCAGCACGAUGGAAGAGGAGACAUUGUGACAUCACUGGACAAUACAGACAGUAUUUUCUUUCUACCCCAAACCCGCUCGCUUGACCAGUCGGCUGACAUGAGGGCUUCACUUCUCAACAACCAACAAGAUGCUCGGAAGCGCAGCUAUGGUCAAAACGCCACCCUUAGGGAGGGGUGUGACCAGGGUGCUGGUCGACAGGUGCCUUUAACUAAUGAGAUCAGUUUUAUGAGUGACAGGUCGCAGGCCGGGUCAGGCAGGUCAAGGCCAGACCAUAGAAACUCGACCUGGCCUGACCUGCCUUCAGAAAAACAGAUAGGCCUGCAGCCAAGAUCUUUGCCUCCAAGCUACGCCAGACUCCACAAGGAUGGCCACCCCACACAUCAAGCUCACCCCACACAUCAAGCUCACCCACACACCUUUGUUCAGCCCCAGCAUGUUCAGCACCCCUCAUCAACAAGGGACUACCCUACACUCUCAAAAUCCCAUUCAUUUCCAUCACACCAUCCAGGCCAUGUUGUGGCAUUCCCACCGAUAUCUGUCCAACACCCCAGCCAGUCGGCUCACCUCUCAUCGCAGCCUUACCCACAACCCAGCCGCGUGGCUUCAUCUACAAGAGAUCACCCUGCAGUCAGCUUUGAUGCUCAGUAUCCAAGUUUCCACAGCGAUGACGACGAUGUCUUUGGGACCCAUCCGUCUGGCUACAAAAAUGUCCCCAGCCUUCCCCGCCACAGCUCAAUGAAACCAAGCCAGACAACCUACUUGACAGACACAGACGUCAAUGAUCAGCCCACCAGCGGUCCACAUCUGACAAUAGAAGACAUAAGUUCUGUACUGGAGCCAUAUUCAGAACAGCCUUCCCAAGUUCACCCCAACCAUUCCAUGUCCCCGUCAAGCCAUCCUUUGAACGGACUCGGCUACGAUGACAGCUGCAACAUUCCUCCCGCAGGAUAUUAUGUCAACACUGGAGACAGAGACCGGCCAUUUGCAAUGGUCACCCCUUCCCAGAAGCCCACCGGCCCCAGUGAUAAUGAAAGCAAUAACAGCAGUGGGAGACCAUUAGGGUACACGAGGGAUCACUUGCAUGGUGUUGUUCAGCGGCUGCGAGAGGGCCCAAGGCCUCACAUGCCCCGCCCAUCCCGGCAAGCUAAUAUCUCUGGUUAUUCUGACCCUUUCCCUCAAAGCCGUGGCAACCUGAACGUGCCAACUCAGAUGUCAAAAUCACAUUCAAACUUGCAGUAUCCAAGUUAUUACAACAUGGCAGGCAAUGACAUGGACAACGUAAGACACAGAAAACCACCUCGUUAUGUACCAGAUGUCGUCCAGGAUCUUUACCCAACAGCUGAGCCAUCCAGGCAAAGGGCUCUCAGUGAAGGCAGCCAGAAGUUUAGUGGCAUGACAAACUAUAAUGGUGAUGAUGACUAUCACAACAGGAGGCCACCCCCAGGAGAUGCAGCUCUUGGUUUGAGGCCAUCCCACAAUUCAGCAUCCUACCCGGAUGUGUCGUCCUUGCCCCGCAGUGAAGCAGGCAGGUCUGGCAGAGAUCAGAGGGAUCAGUAUGCACCAGUCCCAGGUUAUUAUGAUGUACAGAGACCCCAGGCUUAUGAUACCAUGCAGAGACCACCCGGGGAACACAGGGGUCCCCCACCUCUACCACCUCAGCGCCAGCAACCGAACCCACCAUCAUACCAUCAUAAAGCCCUCCCCAGCCAAGGCAGCACAUUUGAUCCCAGGGAUGCUCUGCCUUUAAGGUACACAGCUCAACAGCCUGGAUACACUGACCCUAGUGGACAGUACAGAGACUACCCCGUCCAUCGCUACGGGGAUGACCCGACCGCCCAUGACACAGCUAGCCACAGCAGUGGCAUAGGCAGUCGCAAUACAUCUCAGAGCACCGGAUCGCUUCAUCCUCGACGCGGUAGUGCUGGAAAGGGCAGCGCAUCAUUCAGCUCGGCACAGGAUCCCGACUUGAGCUUAGAUAUGAGCCAUGCCGGGGGUAUUCCCAGUCACCGGCGGGACACCUCAGGUGAUGAAAACUAUGAAUUUGACUCUCUGAACGCACUGGAGAAUGACAUCAUUGAUGAUCUGAGGAGAUAUUCGCGGCUGAGCGGGGGGAGUGGGGGGCGUGGGUAUGGACAAGGGGAUGAGAGUGAUGAUGUCCCCGUGCCGCCACCAAGCAAACCAAGCCGGUAUCCAAACGCAGAGAAGAGGUUUGAGAAACUGAGGGAGGAGUUCAAACAGUACCAGCAGCACCAGCAUCACCCGUCUGAAGAGAUGCGUCCGCCCCCAACUGCAGCGUCAGCACUGCCCAUUGGUCAGAACGGUGAACCGCUCUAUCCAAUGGAUAGUGAGAUGUUGUGAGAAAUUUGUUAGGAUUUUAACAUUUUUAUAUCAAAAUAUGUUUUAUUAUACCGUGAGACAAAAAGUCAGUGUCCUCGCACAAUUUGAUAAUAAUUGUUUUUAACAACAAAAAAUGGAAAUUUGUUUAAUUAUUUUAUUUAUGUUUGAGGGAUUGUUGAUUUAAUUAC